AACGGAUUUUACAACGGCUGUUUUUUGGCUACUUUUUACCCACAGUCAUGUGAUUGUAACGUAAAACCCCUAACCGGAAAACAACGACGGACGACCCUCUCCGCCGCCGACAACGAAUGCUGCGUUUGCAAGGAACAGUACAAGCUGCUGCGAGCCCAGAGAGGACGAACGAGUCCCCGGUAACAAACAAACAACAGCGACACGGCAAACUCCACGGAUUUAAACGGCUUGCAGGUUGAAGAAUGGAGUUGGCCAACCAUGGUCUUAUCCUGCUGCAGCAGCUUAACGCUCAGAGGGAGUUUGGCUUCCUGUGCGACUGCACUGUGGCCAUAGGAGAUGUCUUCUUCAAAGCCCACAAAGCUGUCCUUGCUGCCUUCUCCAACUACUUCAGAAUGCUCUUCAUUCAUCAGGACAGUGACUGUGUGCGCCUGAAGGCUGCUGACAUACAGCCAGAUAUUUUCAGCUACCUCCUCAACCUGAUGUACACGGGCAAGCUUGCGCCCCAGUUAAUAGACCCUACACGGCUGGAGCAGGGGGUUAGAUUCCUGCAUGCCUAUCCACUCUUGCAGGAGGCCAGCCAGUCUGUGUAUUCACACCCUGAGCAGCACAGCAUCAACCUUUCCACUUCCCUCUACGGCAUCCAGAUCUCUGACCAACAGGUAGGGCUGUCAGCUAGAUUGUCCACUCGACGGCAGCUCUCCUCACCUUUUGACAUGGAGCAGCCAAGCUCAGAGGGGAAGUAUCCGUCCACGGCAGCUGCCACAGCUUCAUACGCAAAUUCCUUACUAUCCAAGCUAACUUCCUCACCCCCAGACAUGGAGGCCUCAACCAGCGGCACGAAGCCUACAGUUGAGGAGGGGGGAAUGGACUUGCUAAGUGCAGAUGGUUCCUCAGCCAGUGCCAUCCUCCAUGUAAAACCUAGCAUCAUGAAGAGGAAUUCCUCCUUUAGGAAGCAUUACUCCUGUCAUUUGUGCAGGAGUCGCUUCACCCAGAGAAGCCUGCUGAGAGAGCAUCUCCUCCAACACACCCAUGCUCUACAGCAGGCACCAGCUGAGCCCAGCAAUGCACUCUCACCUGUCAUGACUAGAGAACAUAGGAUGCUAGAGUUAGAGGGGGUCCUGAAGGGAUUCAAGGCAGGGUCAAGUGCCUUGGCUGCCACUACAGCAGUAGAGAUAAUCAGUGACAGCGAGCAAACGCCUGUUUCAGGUACCAAUUCGGACUCUCCCCGAGCAGAGGUGUCCACAUCCAGCUGGGGGGUGGGAGGAUUACAUUCUCAGGCAGACACGCCACCUCCGUCAGACAUUGCGGACAUCGACAACCUGGAGAGUGCCGACUUGGACAGGGAAGUUAAGCGGCGGAAGUACGAGUGCUCCACCUGUGGCCGCAAGUUUAUUCAAAAGAGCCACUGGCGUGAACACAUGUACAUCCACACGGGCAAGCCCUUCAAAUGCAGCGCUUGUGGCAAGAGCUUUUGCCGGGCCAACCAAGCAGCCCGCCAUGUGUGCCUGAACCAGGGGGCCGACACCUACACCAUGGUGGACCGACAGAGCAUGGAACUGUGCGCUGCAGGCGACGACAGCAGCCAGAUGGAGGCAAUGUUCUUGGGCUCAUCAAAGCCUUACAAGUGUAACAUUUGUGCGACCACCUUCUCCAGUCCCAAUGAGGUGAUCAAACACUUGUGUUUUACUCAAGGGGGAUUAGUGGGGCUGCAGGGAAACACGGGCGCAGGGAUGCUGCUCCAGCCUGAAGAGUUCUCCAAAGAUGAAGGCUCUGAUUUGUCCAACUCGGGCACCCCACUGGAACCCAUUAAGACUGAGGAAAUCCUCGUAGAGUAGUGCCAAAACUGUGUAUUUGCCCUUUUUAACAUGUAUGUUUGCUUUCUAAAUUAUGGUUAAUAGGUAAGCUAAAGGUGAAGUUCGUCAGGUUAUGUAUGUUUGAGGUUCUCAGUCUACUAAAACAGUUUUUUGGAAGGGGUUUUUUGGUACAGUAUUUUGGACUUUUUUGGCCCUGAGUAUGACAAAAAGUGAAAUGAAUAGUAAAGUAAAUCAUCUAUAGCUCUCUGAAAUUCAGUCCAACAUGAUCAUAAGAAAAGCAAAUAACAUUAGACUCAAGCCUAAGUUGAAUACCAAUGAGGGAGAUAAAGUAACUAUUAUCUUGUUUCAUCUCAUCAUUUUAUUGUUGGUGUACGUUGGUAUUAGACUCUCACAUGUCAGGCUGUACCACGUUGUUUUUUCUUAACAGCUCAAGUUGUGGUAAGGCUGCACAUGCAUACUUUGAGUAUAAGAGGAAAAGGAAGCUGAGACAGUUCCGGAGGACACAGCAUGUUGUGAGAUGACUUUGCUGUGCUAGAUUUGAGGAGGAGAAAGAGUUGCGAACUAUUAACAAUCCCUCUGGAGCUACACAGAAGAGUUGUUUUUUCAUGGUCAUAAAUGAGAGGCUGAGUCAGCAGAUCAGGUAUAAAUUAUAAUACACAAUAUACACACACAUAUAUUCAGACCUGAGACAAUCUGUACUCAUUUUCUUUCUUUCUUUUUUUCUCUUUUUUUUUGUUUUUUUUGAGUAGAUGCCCAAUAUGCAGGAAAGUACAUUUGUCUUCCAUUCAUGUUUCGGUUGGCGUUUUUGGCUCAGCAGAACGAUCAACUUGAAAUGUAAAGUAAUGACUGAUGAUUAUUUAGUUGUGUUACUGUGUUUUGUUGACUGUGCUAAAUGUGUUUAUAGUUCCUAUUUCAUUACACCUAAUUAAAGCACAAUUGCUCCUCAUAAUAAGAGUUUGGCCACUGAAAAUUGGUCACAACAAGCAAGAGUGUUAAUUGUGUUUACAGUUGAGCCACUUUUCUUUUUUUUACUUUCUCAUUUUUACUUGUGUUGUCUAACUCUUUGGUUACUGAUUGAAGAAGCAACUUGUUACAUUCAGACAGACAUACCUUGAUGGGAGGCUGACCUGUACAAUAUUGUCUUUAUGUAAUUUGCUCCAAUCUACUUCUAAAAGCCCCUCAUUUUUGUUUGACAUGCUUUUUAAAUUUUAUAUACAAUGCUAUAUUUACAAAGAUUACUUUAUAUUGCAAAGGUUUAUGUAUAUUAGUAGACAAAUAGUUUUCAAAAUAGGAUUACAUUUGGUAUGUAAAAGUAUGUAUUAGGGAUGGGCAUGAUACAUGCAUCUUUAAUUUCUUCAAGAAAUAGGUUAGAAUUAAAAAUAUGAUUUGGGAUUUUGAGUCUAUUCCCCUUGCCAAAUUUGUGCUAAUUGCUAGCCUUCUCAUUCCAUUUGUGAAAAAGGAACAUUUUCAUUUUCUCUGUAUUGUUAAGACCAUCUUACAUUUAUAUUUGUUCUUUAAACAGAAAAAGAAGUCGUUAUUGCAACAGUAGUCAUUUAUAGAAAAACAUUGUGGGUGCAGUGGAUGCAGGUGAACACAUUGAAAUGUAUAUGAUGCAGAGGUAGUAGAGUUUGAAUGCUUCACCUGUCAGUGUGGAGGUCAUAUGAACUCAGGCAGGGAUGGGUGCAUGACACAUGGAGAGUUAGCUUUUUUAAGAAAUAUGAAAUGACAGGGUGAUAUUUCUAUAUACUUGACUGUCUGGGUGCAUAUAUGUUAAGGGAAUAUAAAAUGUGCUAUUAUAACUGACAAGAACAUCAAUUGUUUGUGGUAAGGGAAACCCUUUCUAUGAACUACUGAUAACUGGAAAUUGUAAAAAAAAAAACAAAAAAAAAAAAACAUGCAUGUUGACUUAAUGUGAAGCAGCAUAUUACAGGGUGUUGAGGAACAAAAUUCUCGAUUAGACCCUUAUAAGGUUUGUGCACAUUUAAAAAAUCUGAGCUUGAGUCUUGAGUUUCUGUUUUUUUUUUUUUAUCGUUGCAAAAAACAAAAUGAUUAGUCUGACAUUUGUCUUCCAAAUUGCUCCCUGACACUGCAGUGAUAGCUAGACUACUAAUAUAAUUUGCAAUAUUAUUUUAAAGCCGAGUUGUUAACUAAGGCACACAGAAGCUCAUUCAUGUGUAUUGUAGAAAGUAUUUUAAAUGUAGUCUUUGGAUUUAUUGACUUGUUUACAUCUUUUAAUCAUUUUUGUUUUGUGAAAAUAUAAAAAAUGCCCAUCCUUAGUAUGUUUAUUAUAUGUGUAGUUGCUUUUUUUCUUCUUCUUUGAGCCAAUUUUAGCCGGCCAAUUACAGAUUUAUGACAGUAAAGAUGAGGCCCAGCUCCAAUUCAGUUUUAGUGGGAUUUUUGUACUGUAAAUCCUACUAUAUUAAGUAUGGAAAAGCAGCUGCUGCUUUGAUGCAAUGAGCCCAGUGGUUAGCUAGAGGGAGCUGUUUUCUUAUUUGUCUACUCAGGUUGAGUGAGGGGGAAGGCUGUCAAAUUUGAAGUAAUAUCUUUAUUAGUGUUUUUCUUAUGCGGUUGCCAAUUAUAUAUGACCAUAUUGAUAUCUGCCAUAAAUCAAUACUCCAUCACAUGUAUACACCCACAAGUGUUUAAUAUUGCCAAGGGGAAGAAUUUGUGUUUAUGUCUUGAUUUCAAGCUUUUGUUGAGGCAACUGAAAUGCUGUACUACUGACAUUCAUUUCUUAGAGCUCAAUUGAUACACAGAAAUAUGCACAGUACAUGCACAAAAGUCCAAAUCCUUCCUCAGCUCAAAUUGUAAUCGUUCGUAUGCCACACCAGUCUUAGUAAUUUAAUGGUUUGUGUAUGUGUGUGUUUAAACAUCUCAGGAAGAUGAGAAGUUUGACAUCUUUUGUCUUUUUAUAUCCACUGUUCAUCAAAAACAAAAAUUUAAUUUCAAACUAAUGAUCUUACUCCCCAGUGCCCAUCUGACAUCUCUACUGUGAUCAAUCUGUGUUCUCAGGAAUGUGAGUAAUUUUCUGUAUAAACAUCUUUGUUCUUUUUAAUGAAGAAUGAACAAUAAAAACAUGUCUUUUUAUA